AUGGUUCUACACUGGUCCAUUGUGCUGGCUUCCAGCUUUGCCUUGUCCGCCUUAACGCUCGAAGCGACGCAAGCGGCAAUUGCCGCUGCUGACUCUUCUGAGUGCUGCAGUAAGUGCAUUGGUAAGGCAUCGAACUCUGUGUACAAUUACGACCCCGUGAUCUUUGAUCAGUGUACGGAAGUGCACAAUGGCGUCUGCUGCUUUGAGUGCGGGAACUUGGGCGACCCCAUGUAUGGCGACACGGUGUCAUACGGAGACGACGGCGUGACGGCUGUUGUCAAGGCAGGUUCGUACAUCUCGUUCACGUGGAGUGGCGUGGAGAACGUGACGUACGUGUCACUCAAGACCGGUCAGAAGAAGACCGUGACGCCGACCGUGUCCGACCAAAAAGCGACGAUCAAGUCGGACACGUUCUUGAUCUGUGCCAAGUCGGCCGGCACGAUUUACUUUCGCGGGUGGGGCACUGAUACGUGUCGCGAGGCAUCCCCCGAGCACUCGAUCAAAGUCGAAGCUGGGGACUCGAAAAGCGACAACACGUGCGAUGCCAGUGACGUGCAGGUGAGUACAACUUUCACUGCCGAUAGCACGAGUUCAGGGUCUGGUUCUGUAGCAGUGGAUGAGACGGUAAAAAGCUGCAACGUCCAGCGAGCGAGUGUCCAGACAGUGGAUGGCGUGCGCACCUGCGUGUGCGUUUCGGACUGGACGAAUCCUCCAGAGUGUGAUCGCUGGCCACUCUGGAAGUGGCUCGUGACAAUUGGCGGUGCUGUUGCUGCUCUCUUUUCUAUCAUUAUCUCGGUGCGUGCACUACUUUCGGGUCGCAAGAAGGAGGAGGAACAGAAACACUUUCGACAGGAUGUGGCUCAAGUCACGCCAAAGUGUGCCAUCGGGACGCUACAGCUGACGCCUGACACGAUUUACCAUGCAAAUGGGGUGCCUUCGUCCAAGUAUGACCCCGAGGAAGACCGGUCUUCGGCAGCCCCUCGGAAACCCGUGGACAACGAGUUCACGCUAUGA